GAUUGGCCGGAUCGCGCCUUUCCAAUCCCCUCUUGUUUUCAGGCUCAGCGCAUGCUGAGGCUUUACCUCAUCCAACUUUCACUGAAGGCAGAAGCGCCGGACAGGACCGCAGAGCAACAGAGCCUUUCUCUGCACUCAUCGGCAUUCUGAAUUACUUGGUGAAGUGAGCGCUGUGGUUACCAUUCAAAGCGAAACCAUGAGGUCCGUUUCUGCACUAGUCUGGAGGAUGAUCCGGAUGGUUGUGACAGUGGCGCUCCUGUCGGCGUGCAGAGCAUCGGAGUACGAGUAUUGGCACGGCCCAUACAGCGCCGGGCCAAUCUACGGCAAGUCCCCCCAGUGCGUUGGUAUCCCGGAGGACCUGCGGCUCUGCCACGGCGUGGGCUACUCCGAUAUGCUGCUACCCAACCUGCUGGAGCACGAAACCAUGGAAGAGGUGAAGCAGCAGGCCAGCAGCUGGGUGCCGCUGGUGCACAAGAAGUGCCACCCAGGCACGCAGGUCUUCCUCUGCUCGCUCUUUGCGCCCGUCUGCCUGGAUCGCCCCAUCUACCCGUGCCGCAAUCUGUGCGAGGUUGUGCGGGACGGCUGCACCCCGAUCAUGGAAGCGUUCGGCUACCCGUGGCCAGAAAUGCUUACUUGUACCAAGUUUCCCGAACAUGACGUGUGCAUUUCCUUGACGAACAACGCCACCGAGUCCCCCGAGUCUACAGGUCAUUCUCCCAUCUGCCCUCCAUGUGACAAUGAAAUGAAAACAGAUACCAUGCUGGAGCACAUGUGUGCCAGUGAGUUUGCUAUCAAGGCCAAAAUAAAAGAGGUGAAACAAGAAAACAUGGACCGCAAGGUGAUCCUGCAAAAGAGGAAGAAGAUUAUAAAAUCAGGGAACCUGAAGAAAAAAGAUACAAAGAAGCUGGUGUUGUACUUGAAGAACGGUGCGGACUGCCCCUGCCAACAGCUAGACAACCUUACAAACCAGUAUCUAAUCAUGGGCCGUAAGGUGGACAAGCAGUACCUCCUCACAGGCAUCCACAAGUGGGACAAGUCCAACAAGGAGUUCAAAAAGGCAAUGAAAACACUCAAAACCUACAAAUGUCCUGAAUUUACCACUGUCUUUAAAUAGUACACGCACAGCCCAAAAUCUAGUUGAAUUUUAUCCUACAUAUGAACUGGCAAAAGCAAUGCCAAACUUUGCUUUCUGUUGUCCUGUUUAUAUACCUAUAUAUCUUUGUAUAUUUACAUGUAUACUUCAGAAUGUCCACUGUUCAGUUUAAGAUGAAUGCAGUAUGGAACGACAAUGAAAAGGAUGAGUUUCCCUUUUGCCCUUCAGUUUAGGGAAAAAGACUGUUUGUGUGCCAGGUCAGAGAGGAUUGGUUGCUUAUUCUGACCAAACAACUAAUAUUUCUAAGAGUUAGAAAAGUUUAAUACUGCUAACUUGUUUUGUAUGGUAAAUAUAAAGUUAAAGAACAAGCAUUAUUCUGAACACACAGAAUUUCCUCUAAACACAACUACAAAAAAAAUUAAUGUACUCUUUUGAAUGUACCUGAAAAUAGCAAACAUAUAAUUGUUAUGGAUAGGCCUUGCUAGUAUGUUGUCCCUGCUUUGAUAUGCUAAUGCAGGCUAACCACAAUUCUGGACAAGAAAAUCAGUCCUGAAACAUUUUAAUCUGUAUUUGUACAAAUGUUUGAGCUAUGACAGCGACACAGAGUAUGAAAGUGCAUUUGUAUGAUAAAUACUUGUCAAACUAAGAGAUACACAGUUCAAUCUUGUGAUGCACAUUGCAAAGUAUUAGUGAUGGAUCGUGUCUUUUAUACGUGUUUAAAAUGCUGAACUUGGCACAGUGUAUCUCAACUUGGUGUUCCUGUCUGUUCUGCUUUGGCAUUUCUGGUUCAUUUUAGCACUAUUUCUUUUUUUCAGAUUUCAGUGUCAGCAUUUCAUUGCUGCUUAUUACAUGUACAUAAAAAUUUUACAUAAAAUAUGAAAAAAUUGAA